CUGGCCUACAAACUGUCAGAGCUUCAAAAAGAGAGUGAGGAACUGCACCAGCAGGGGGACACAGUGAGACAGUUGUGGGGUCCGGGCCUAGGUCCAGGAGAAGCAAAGGACGUUGGGAGAAAACGGAGGAAAUCUGGGCUCUGUGUUGGGACCCCCGGGCCCACACCGUGGCGACCCUGGACGCUGACCGCAGCCGGAAGCCAGUGUGAGCCCGAGGGGGACCCACAAACUUUGCGAUCGAAGGGGGCCUUUGGCUUUCAGCAUCCUGUAAGACUCUAUUUACCCAUUUCAAAGCGUCAAGAAUACCUGCGGGGUUCCGGGGAGAAGGUGCUGGCCAGUUUCCCGGUGCAGGCCACCAUUCACUUCUACAACGACAACGAGUCCGAGUCCGACGAGGAGGAGCAGGAGGAAGAGACGCGGACCCCGGAGCCUGGGCGCCAGGGGACAGGCGGCCCCUGGGACCGGGCGGGGCCUGGCUGCCCAGCCCACCAGGAGGAGGGGGCGCCCUCCCUCACGGCGCCUCUGGGGGGCCCAGCGCUCGCCCCGCACCCGAACGACCAGGGUCCCUCUCGGGCCUCCGCCCUGUGACAGCCGGUGUCCGCUGGGGUCAUCAGAGGCCAGGCUGCCUGAGCUCCGUCUCAGCGCUGCCCGUAGCCAGGACACGGCUUUUACUUUUUCUUUUCCUGUGACAUUUUCUGAGCAAGCGUGGGGGACAAAGAGGUUUGCGUCAACUCUGGUUGUCAUCAGGAAAGGGCACCCAGCACUGUCACCUGCUGAGGCAUGAUGUAGUUCUCCCCCUAGUUUAGUGAGCCACCUGGCUGCUCACUUACUCAGACACUCACUGUCCAGCAAGUUCUGCUUUUGUGAAAAUAAUUUAGGUAUCAAAUCCCAACUUUAAUCCAUUGUUCAAAGGUUGAUUUGGUUGCUUUGUAGCAUUCUGGGGAAAAUAUUUUUUUACUUACAAAAAAAAUAAAAUAUCAAAACAAUGAGUCAUUUUCAUAAGACCAGCAAAUGUGGAUUUCUAGGAGAUAACUUGGGAUAAAAAUCUGUGUGAUAAUUAUAAAGGGGAUGUGUGUAUGAAUAUAUAUGUCCAGAAGGUUAAGUCUUGGUGACUGUCGUGGGCUUUUUCUUUGAGACAGAGUCUUGCUAUGCAGUUCAGGUUGGACUUCAACUCACUAUGUAGCCCAGGCGGGCCUCAAACUCACAGUGCUCCUUCUCCCUCAGCCUCCUGAGUGGUGGGAUUACAGGCGUGAACCCCCACACCCAGCUUUGGGCUUUUUACUUGACUAGAAUAACACUUUCCAGUGAAAGUAUCUGAUAUAACUGGGUGUGGUGGCACAUGAUUAUAAUGUGCACUCAGGAGGCUGAGGCAGGAGGACCCCUGUGAGUUGGAGGCCAGCCUGGGCUAUACAGAGAGACCCUGUCUCAAAAAAAACCAAAACAAGUGUCUGAUGUAAAAUUAUUUUUGAGUUUCAUAUAUUUUGAUCAAAUGAAUAUAUUUUUCAAGGUUUGACUCAAUUAUCUUACAUGUACUCAUCCUCCUAUAUGUAGUGCAUUAUAUAAUUUCUACUUGAAAUAAAUAUUUUGAAAGAACA